CAAUAAUCACAUAAGGGCAAGGUGAGCACUAGCUCAAAGCUUAGCCAAAUGGAGUACUGCCCUACUUCGCUCCUUUGGCUCGGCCUCCUCCUUACGGCACUUCUAGUUUUCCUUCUCAGCCGCCGGAAGCGCACCAACCUUCCUCCUCAGCCCCCGGCAUGGCCCAUGAUCGGCAACAUCCUCAACCUCGGGACCAUGCCGCACCAGAACCUCCACAGCUUCCAAGCCGAACACGGGCCGGUCACGUGGUUGAAGCUCGGUUCCGUGAACACCAUGGUGAUCCAAUCGGCUCAGGCUGCCGCGGAGUUCUUCAAGGGCCACGACUUAACAUUCGCGGACCGCAAGUGUCCCCAUGCGUUGACGGCUCUCGAAUAUGACCAAGGCUCACUCGCCGUCGGUUGUUAUGGCGGCUACUGGCGUGCUCUCCGGCGUCUCUGCUCUGCGGAGCUGCUCAUGAACAAGCGCGUCAACGAGACGGCCCACCUUAGGCAGAAGUGCGUCGACAGCAUGAUCAUGCAUAUAGAGGAAGAAAUGGCGGUUAAACAAGUAACAGCAGAGCAAGGAAUCAACUUAUCCCACAUCCUCUUUCUCCUAUCGUUUAAUGUGGUUGGCAACCUGGUGCUCUCGCGGGAUCUGCUGGACCCGAAAUCGAAGGACGGUCCCGAGUUCUUCAACGCCACAAACCGGUUCAUGGAGUGGGCCGGCAAGCCCAACGUGGCCGACUUCUUGCCGUGGUUGAAAUGGUGGGAUCCGCAAAGGAUCAAGGCAAGCAUGGCGAAGGACAUGGGUCGAGCCAUGAAGAUUAUUGAAGGCUUUGUGAAAGAGAGAUUGGAGGAGCGAAAGCUAGGGGGAAAGAUUAGAGCAACGAACGACUUCUUGGAUGCGUUGUUGGAUUAUGAGGGCGAUGGGAAAGAAGGCCCUCGCAAAUUCUCAUUACAGAAUGUCAACAUAAUCGUUCUGGAAAUGUUUAUGGCUGGAUCAGAGACUACAAGCAACACCAUGGAGUGGGCGCUGGCCGAGCUACUCCGCCAACCCGAGUCAAUGAAAAGGGCCAAAGAUGAGCUUGACCAGGUCGUGGGGUUGAACAGAAAGCUCGAAGAAAGUGACACGGAAAAGAUGCCGUUUCUGCAAGCUGUGGUGAAGGAAACCCUAAGAUUGCAUCCAUCAUUACCUUUACUUAUCCCACGAAAUGCCCGAAAGGAAACUAAUUUCAUGGGCUAUGAUAUUCCCAAAGAUACCCAGGUUUUCGUGAAUGCAUGGAGCAUCGGAAGAGACCCAGAUGCUUGGGAGGAGCCAUUGGCAUUCAAGCCAGAGAGGUUCCUGGGAUCUAACAUUGACUUCAAGGGUCAAAACUUCGAGCUAAUUCCGUUCGGAUCGGGCAGAAGAAUGUGCGUCGGACUCGCGUUGGCGCAUAGGGUGCUUCAUCUCGGUCUUGCAACCUUGCUUCACUGUUUCGAUUGGGAACUAGGCGGUGGUCUGACUCCGGCAACCCUGGACAUGAGAGAGCGGGCGGGAUUAUCCGUAAGGAAGCUCCAUCCUUUGAAAGUGUUACUUAAGAAACGUAGUGUGUGAGGUCUUUCGAAUAUCAUGCAUGGUAACUUUACCCUAAGGUUAUUAGCGCUCAUCUUAUUGUGUCAGAUUAAUAAACCUGUCCAAGGAAGACUUCUUAAGAAUGCUGUUGUAACUGCACAAGUAUCUUUGGGCAACUACAAG